AGAUUUUAUUUUUAAUCUAGACACAACAAGGGGCUCAGAUAUAGCCCCAAGAAGAAGAGUUGCAUGCUCUACUGACUGAGCCAGCCAGGCACCUCUGUUGUCAGAUUUUUAUUUUUCCACUGGUUCCAGCCCACUCAUCCCAUCAUUAAAAAUUUCUUGGCCUCUUGCUAACUUAGAGAUAAAGAAGAGAAAUUUCUAUCCAUCUCAGUAUGGUAGAAUGUUGUGUGUAAGAACAGACACAGGCGUCACCCCGAGCUGUGGCCCGCACUGCGAUGCUGGGCACGUUCCUGGGCCUGUGCUACCACGAGCUGGCCACAACCUGGAUUCCCACAGCAGGCAUGUGGGGCACUAUGGGCACGGUAGGGCUGGCAUGGGCCAUGGGCUGCCAGCUGAUUCUGGACUGGGUGCCCUAUACUAAUGGCAAGUUUAAGAAGGAUGAUUAGGUAAACUGACCCUUCUUGGAUCCCUCUGAUGUCUACUGGUAUUGUCUCCUUCCAUGUUAGCUCCUGCUGUACCUGGAACAGCCCCCGCCCUCAGGAAAGGCCCCAAGGAUGUCUACAGCAUGACUUAGGACUCCAUGUUUGUGAAAAUGGCUUUCAUGUUUGAAUACACACAGCAUUAAACCUUGCUCUGAAAAAGAACAAAACAAAACACACGCUGUGACUGGACUCCCUGGGUUAGAAUCCUAGCUGUGUGAUCUUGACAAGUUGCUUAACCUCUGUGUGCUUUGUGUCCCCAUCUGUGAAGUUGGUGUAGCAAUAAUUUUGUCAUGGGGUUGUCGGGAUUAAACAGUCCACUAUUAAUGAAAUACUGGGGAUGGACGCUUGUGUUGCUGUCUACUAAAUACGUAGGAUGAAAACGUAGUCGUCCUUGCUUACGGAGAAUGAAAGUUGGUAAAACAAGAUAGCCUAAACAAACGUAAAAGAAAUGAAUGUUGUUUGGUAGGACCUGGAAGCAGAGGUAUUUAGAGUUGGAAUUACUGUAACAUUGUAGGCAUUUUGGAGGAGAAAACAGUGUGUAAAAAAACUUGCCAUAAUUUUAUACUCCACUGUUAACCGAGCUACCUACAAACAGACUUUGCUUUGCCGUG